UGGAGAAACUCAAAUGCUUCAAAAAUUAGAUAAAUCUAAAUGCCAGCUUUCAAGUCAUACUAAAAUAUCGUUUGUUUACCUUUUGUUGACAGACUUGGUUUUUCUCACCUUCAGUAAUCUCACAGCUAUGGCGGGUCAUUUUACAGAAUAAGAACAAUCAUAAUAAUAAUGAAUAUCACAUUUCUUCUCUUUGCUAAAAGCACUUUACCUGAAUUCCCACUCUAUCAGAACUUGACCUGAAAAAGUGAUUGAAUCCCCGUGUCAUUAACUUUUCUGUCUAAAGUCAAACUGUUGAGAUGGAGAAUUCACAGGUGACCUUCCGCACCAGAAUCUAUCACUGUAACAUUAACAGCCAAGGCGUGAUCUGCCUGGACAUCCUGAAAGACAACUGGAGCCCGGCCCUCACCAUCUCUAAAGUCCUCCUGUCCAUCUGCUCCCUGCUGACAGACUGCAAUCCCGCUGACCCGCUGGUCGGCAGCAUCGCCACACAGUACAUGACCAACAGGGCGGAGCACGACCGGAUGGCCCGGCAGUGGACCAAGCGGUACGCCACAUAGCGCCGCGGCAGCCCAGCGCGGCGCGCCGCCGUGUGUCCCCUGGAGCCGUCUUGCGGUGGAGCGCCGUCCAGCCCCACUCCCGAUCUUUGCUCACCACCCCUUCCUGUUUUAUUCCCUUCUUAAUUUCCAUUAACUUGAAAGAUCUGGUUUUUUUUUUUUUUUUAAUCCCUCCCCCUCCACAUGGAUGGGAACUUUGGUUUUCAGUGCAAACAGUGUCGGAUCUGUAAUAAUAAGAGCUUUCUUACCAAGCUUCGUAUUCCUGUGUGGUUUUGUUCCUUAUUGUCCAUUUUCUUUUGAUCCUUCCUUUUCUGUGAUCUUUGGGAAGACACGAAUUCAGAAUUCUAUCUCGUUUCUACUUCCAUGUAGCGCUUCGGGUUAAUUUUUUUGUACUGAAGUCUAUCGGUGGGUGCAUGCUACUGGGAACCAGAUUUUGUACAAACGCUUCAAUCAGAAUCACUGUGCAUUACUGAAGACUCUGUUUAUCACUAGCCUUCUGUUCCCACACUGAAGGCUGCCGGAUUGAACAAAAUAAUAUGUAUUUUGAUUUACUUCAAGUGCUUGUAAAUUUCUUAGGGACCUGCCACUUUUGACUGUGGAUCAGUUGAUGUACACUUGUAUUAUUAAAGCACUCAAUAAAUCACUGUGGCUGAUAAAUGCACUUCUGAUAA